AUGGCCGCCACCAAACGCAAAACCAAGAAACCCGCCUCCCUCGCCGCUGGCCGCUCUAAGCACCUCUCCACCCACAAGCCCGGCAGCAGCAGCAGCCUCUCGGCCAAAGCCACGGCCAGCAUCAUCCGCCGGCACCACCAGCUGCAGAAAGCGCACGCGCAAGCCGUGCGCGCCGGCGAGCAUGCCCGCGCCGCCGCCAUCCAGCGCGACAUCGACGCCGCCGGCGGAAUCGAAACAUACCAGGUCGCGAGCAUUACGGGACAGAGCUCUGAGCGCGGCGGCGACAGCAGCCGCGUGCUGGUCGAUUGGUUGGAGGAGUUGCAGCCUGCACUGAAGAAGAAGGGCGCCGCGCACAAGGAGAAGAAGGAGGAGGAGGGGAAGGCUGAGGAGAGUCGUCUGCGUCUUCUCGAGGUCGGCGCACUCUCCACCACAAAUGCCUGCUCCAAGCGCCGCUACUUCGCCGUCGAGCGCAUCGAUCUGCACUCCCAGGGCGCGGGAAUCACCCAGCAGGACUUCAUGCAGCGCCCGCUGCCCGUGUCCGACUCGCAGCGCUUCGACGUCCUCUCCCUCUCCCUCGUCCUCAACUACGUCCCCGACGCCGUCGGCCGCGGCGAGAUGCUCCGCCGCACUUGCGCUUUCCUCUCUCCCAACACCCCCGCUGUUGGCAGCGAGCGUAGCGAGCGCAGCGAGCACAGCGAGCAAGAUGAGCAAAGCGAGCAGAACAAGCAGAACAAGCAAGACGAGCAGAGCGAGCACAGCGCAGACGACCAACCCCCGCCCUUCCCCGCGCUCUUCCUCGUGCUCCCCGCCCCCUGCAUAACCAACUCGCGGUACCUCGACCGGGCACGGCUGGGCGCCAUCAUGGGCAGCCUGGGCUACGUGCCGCUGCGCGAGAAAUUGACCGCGAAGCUCGUGUACCAGCUGUGGCGGUACGACGGCCCUGCCAUAGGGGUGAAGAGGAAGCAGCAGCAGUUUCCUAAAGUCGAGGUGCAUGCGGGGGGGAAGCGCAAUAAUUUCUGUGUCGUGCUGGAGUAG